UUCUUUUUGUGUUGUGGAUUAUUUGUUGUGUAGGUUUGAGUGUGUUGUUACUGGUGAAAUUUGUAAACAAGGUGAUCACAUCACAAAUGUCACAGCCACAGUCAGCCACUCUUGAUGGAUUACCAAAACAGUUUGUUAUUGCAAUGAGAACCUUGUUUGAUAUCAUGGAUGACAAACGGACUGGCUAUGUGAAAUUUUCAGAAAUUGAAAAUCGUUGGCAAGAUGAUGGCACAAAAGGAUUACCAAAAGGGGUUAUUGAUAGCUUACAGAAAGUAACACCUCCAAAUGGCCUUCUGUCAUUUGAAAGAUUCUGUGCAGGUUUAAAAAUCUGUCUACUUAGGAAUCAAGUUGAGAGUACGAGGAUACAAAUGAACAAGCAGAUCACAUCUGAAGUUCCUAUUUCAUCACAACCUGUAAGACCGCCGUCAGCACCAUUGUUGGAUAAUGAAUCAUCACCAAAAGCUCACUGGCCUACAACCAAUACUGCAACUGUUCGUCCCAAUGUUAUGCCUCAACAAAGAACAUUAAGUAUGCCACAGCUAAUAGUCGAAAGGAAAGACACCGUUCAGACGGAUGUCAGUGAGUUUCAUAACUAUAAUAGUGAUGCAAAGCUUACCAUUCCAAAUGUAAAGCCUAGUACUGCUCUGUAUGCUCCACCGAAACCACCUCGAACUGCAGCUGGUUUAGAAAGAGCUAUGCUUACCACAAAUACAGAUAGAAAUUCUGCCUCUGAAAGGAAUUUAGAUAAGGCUGAAAUCAGGACAGCAUUGCAGAACUGGCAGAUGGGUCUAAUGAUGAAUGAACAUGAAUUUGGAAAAUCGUCUAAUGAUAAAAAAUUUGGAUAUCCAGUUUCAGAACAACGCUCAACAGUACGCGGAGGACGUAGUUCUGGGGAUGGAAAGCCUUCAGGGCAGCCUGAACAGCCAAACGUCCCUCACAAAAAAACAAGUGUACGGAGAAGGGAGCCAAGACGUCAUACUUUGCAGAAUGGCAUUGAUUAUAAUAUGCUCAAAAGGAUGAAACAAAUAGAGCAGGAAAAAGAUGUGCUGAUGCAAGGACUGCAAGCUGUUGAAAAAGCAAGGGACUGGUACCUCAAACAGGUUGCUGUCGUCCAAGAGAAGAUGAAAUACCUUGGUCGUAUGGGUUCACAUAUGGAACAGUGGACAGAAGCCCAGCAGGAACGUUUAGAACUUCAACGUGCUCGUGUCUUGGAAGUCAAUAGGCAUCUGGCUACUUUGACAGAGAGCUGGGAACGUGGUGGACUUCCACUUCAUAUGAAUUUGGCAGUUCAUCAUACAAGCCCACCCUCUCAUGAUAUUUUGGCUCGACUUAAACAACAAAACCAUCUUCUGACUGAGGAAGUCAGUAGAAAAAGCGAAAGGAUUACAAUAUUAGAAAGAGAAAAGGCGUCGCUGAUGCGAGAAUUGUAUCAAACAAGAUCUCAGGGCAGAAGAGGUAAAGACACACAGGAUGACACUGCUUUCAUGUAAAGCACCAACUGCUGGACGUUCGUCUAAAAGAAGUUUGAAGUAUAAUGAAGUGUUUGCAUUCGAUACGUUGGAAGAUAAAGAUUUGAUUGCUAUUGAACUUCUAUUUACUGUGUGAGGAGGGGAGAAGAGAAGAGGAAACUUUUUACUAUGAACAGUGCUCAUUAAAAAAUAUUUGCUGCCAACUUGAGACACUGAAACUAUACAACAGUAUAAAACUCAGUAUUUAAGAUAUUUACUUCUUUUUACAGAAACUAACACUACAGAAGUGCAAUGUAAGUUAUGAAACUACAGCUUCAAUGUUUCGAGUUGCCUGUGAUGCUACCGUACUUAAUGUUAGUUGUCAGUGUAGGAUUCACAAUACUAUUGAUCAAUUCCACCUUUAAUUUUUUAAUGAAAUAAUGGUACAUGUGGAUAUACCUGAACAUUUCGAAACAUUGCACAGUGAAGAAAAAGGAAAUUAAAUUCUUUCACCGAAGGUAAUGGAAAAAGCAGACCAGGAUUAUUUCAACUGUAUUUUCAUCUCACUACCUACCAUUUAGUUGAGCUACUAAAGCUAGACAAUGUUAUAAAGUUUACAUACUACAUUUUAUAUCUAUCAUUAAAAUUAU